AUCCACCAGACCGGAAGCGUGCGACUAUACACAUUAGCGUCCCUCUCUUCCGAGUCCUCUACAUCUCUGUCCGUUAUUUCAUUAAUCGUUCAUUGUAAAAGGAGAUUAUACAUUUGAAAAUUGCAGAAACUACAAUGUGCCGUUUAAAAUAGCAUUUCAAGCUCACCUUUAUAUACCAAUUGACAAACAAAUGAUGAAUCGCAGCCUAAAUUCAUGAGGAAGAUACACAGCCAACUGCUGUGACGAUGAGGAGGCUGAACAAAAAGAAAGCCCUGCACUUUGUGAAGGAGUUGGAUGCUUUUCCCAAGGUUCCCGAGAGCUAUGUGGAGACGACAGCCAGUGGAGGAACCGUGUCUGUGUUGGCCUUCACGGCCAUGGCACUCUUGGCCUUCUUUGAGUUCUUUGUGUAUCGAGACACAUGGAUGAAGUACGAGUAUGAAGUGGAUAAGGAUUUUACUAGCAAACUACGAAUUAAUAUUGAUAUCACAGUUGCCAUGAGGUGCCAAUUUGUUGGAGCAGAUGUGUUGGAUCUAGCCGAGACGAUGGUGGCAUCUGACGGGCUUCAGUAUGAACCUGUUGUUUUUGAACUUUCUCCUCAGCAGAGGCUCUGGCACAGGACACUUUUGCUCAUUCAGAACCGUCUGCGUGAAGAACAUUCACUCCAGGAUGUUUUGUUUAAGAACGUCAUGAAAGGUGCCCCCACUGCUCUCCCACCCAGGGAAGACGAUCCCACUCAGCCUCUAAACGCCUGCCGGAUACACGGAUACCUUUAUGUCAACAAAGUAGCAGGAAAUUUCCACAUCACUGUUGGCAAGGCCAUCCCACACCCUCGAGGCCAUGCUCAUCUAGCGGCCCUGGUCAGCCAUGAGACAUACAACUUCUCCCAUCGGAUAGACCAUCUGUCUUUUGGAGAGGAAAUACCUGGCAUAUUAAAUCCACUGGAUGGCACGGAAAAAGUGUCCGCAGAUCAUAAUCAAAUGUUCCAGUACUUCAUUACCAUUGUGCCCACAAAACUGCAGACGUACAAGGUGUCAGCGGACACACACCAGUAUUCAGUCACGGAGCGGGAGCGAGUGAUAAACCACGCAGCGGGGAGUCAUGGGGUUUCUGGGAUCUUUAUGAAGUAUGACAUCAGCUCGCUGAUGGUGAAGGUGACUGAGCAGCACAUGCCCUUGUGGCAGUUCCUCGUGCGGCUCUGUGGCAUCAUAGGAGGCAUUUUCUCAACAACUGGCAUGUUGCACAGUCUUGUUGGCUUCUGUGUAGACGUGAUCUGCUGUCGUUUUAAACUCGGGGUUUAUAAGCCGAAGAGUAUGAGUGUUUUUGAUGGCCAUGUGAACAGCCUGACGCCUCUUCUUUCUGAGAAUGCUGAACACUAGCUGGUCCUUUCUUUUUUUACAACAUUUAAAGCUCAUUUCAGUCACAUUUCAAUCUGAAUCACAACUGUAAGUUUCAGGAUUCUGUUAAUACAUGACAUUGAGGUUGGUUGUCAUUUGUGGUACUGUGAAGAUCCGUAAGCACUGACACUGUUACACAGGCAGAAAUUCAUAAAUGAGUAGAUUGUAGCUCCCCAGAAGAUCUUGUUUGGUGCAAAAAUGUGAAUUUAAAUUAUUUUUACAUUUUCAGUCAUUAUAGAAAACGAUUCUCGCAUAAAAUCUUUUUAAAAAGUCACUCAUUAUUAUUAUUAUUAUACUCAUAAAGACAUCUUUUAUUUUUCUAAAAGCAGGUAUUUUAAUUAUAGCUUGAUUGUCUUUGAUUGGAUGAAUACUCCCUUUUAAAAAGUGCAGGUCUAAAUCUGAAUAUCAGACAAUUUAGUUUUAGUUAAAGUGACUUUAAUACGACCUUAAAAGAUGUGGUACCAUCAGGAACCUUUUAGACACGACCCAUCACGUCAGUAUUAGGAUCUGGUUGGGAUUUUUGGUGUGAUUAUCCCCAACCAGUACCAAGUUCUCCACCUCAGGAUGGACUGAUUGUUAUAUUAUUGAUGAAUGACACCUGAGGGUACAUUAAUGCACUCAAGAUUGUAUUUGGUUGAAUGGCUGAAUUAUAAGGGAAGCAGUGUGAAAUGAUUUCUUUCAAGCAUAUUGAACAUUAAUUCUUUAGCAUGAUUACGGAUCAGUCUGUUGAUGCAUAUUUUCUUGUGACAAAGCCUUUUCAAGUUCUAAAAUAAGGUAAAUAAGGACCCUGUAAUGGUUAAAUUGGAAGAAAAUUAUUAUUAUUAUUAUUUUUUUUUUUUUAAGUUGAGACAAAUUAGUCAGGUAUCCUGUUGGUGUAUUUUGCUUUAUUUAUGAUUUUUAACAUGAAGCUCCCCAGGUUCGGGAUGUUUUAUUUGCAAAUUAUGUAGUUUGUCUCUUGAGAGUCCAAAUACAAAAGAGUUUCGUAUGCACCUGCA